AUGCUGGAGGCGGCCAUGUCGAAAUUCUAUGCGAUUCGGUCAAAAAUCGAAGAGGUAACGGAGGGAAUCGACGAAAAAGGAGUAGCAGAAUCGAAGGAAAGUUCCGAGGAACGAACUGCCAGAUUGGAGAUUCUGUCCGAACGGCGAUGUAAAGAAAGCGCAGAAGUAAUCGCGGAAACCGAAGACGUUUAUUGCGAUUUGCGUUCAUCCUUGCGAUCGUUAAAGAACGAAUCCACUCCAGGAGCUGCACCUGCAGUACAGACUCCAGUCGCUUCGCUGCCAGCAGUUAAUCCUACAUCGACAGUGAAGUUGCCAGAACUGCGAUUGCCAAGCUUCAGCGGUCGUCUUCGAGAGUGGGUUACUUUUCGAGACAUGUUCCAGAGCUUAAUCCACCGUAACCGUCAGCUGUCCGACAUGGACAAAUUUAGCUAUUUACGGUCAUCUUUAGUGGGUGAAGCAUUGCAGGAAGUUGCAGCGCUGGAGAUGACAUCAGCAAACUACGCUAUCGCCUGGGAUCUUCUGCAGAAACGCUACGAGAAUCGGAAGCUCAUAGUGAAGGCCCAUCUAGACGCUCUGUUUGCUGUAGAGCCGAUGAAGCGCGAAAGCUACGAAGCGCUGAAUCACCUACUCAGCGAAUAUGAUCGGAACCUUCAAAUGAUGGAGAAAAUCGGGAGCAUACCGCUAACUGGAGCACCAUCCUGGUUCAUUUGGUGUGUUCCAGAUUAG